GGCCCGCCCCCAGCUCCGCCCCGCGCCGCGCCGCGCCGCUCGCCGCGGUGCUAGCACUGACGUGUCUCUCGGUAGAGGUGCAGUGCUCCGGAGCGGGCUGGGCCGCGGACAGCCUCACCUCACCCGGAGUGGAGCGGAGCAGAAGCGGGAUCCGGAGCCCGAGCUACCGCCGCCAUGGCGAUCAAAUUUCUGGAAGUCAUCAAGCCCUUCUGUGUCAUCCUGCCGGAAAUUCAGAAGCCGGAGAGGAAGAUUCAAUUUAAGGAGAAAGUGCUGUGGACCGCAAUCACCCUCUUUAUCUUCUUAGUAUGCUGCCAGAUCCCGCUAUUUGGUAUCAUGUCUUCAGAUUCAGCUGACCCUUUCUAUUGGAUGAGAGUGAUUCUAGCCUCUAACAGAGGCACAUUGAUGGAGCUGGGUAUCUCUCCCAUUGUCACCUCCGGCCUCAUCAUGCAGCUCUUGGCUGGCGCUAAAAUAAUUGAAGUUGGUGACACUCCGAAAGACCGAGCCCUCUUCAAUGGAGCCCAAAAGUUAUUCGGCAUGAUCAUUACCAUCGGCCAGUCCAUCGUGUACGUGAUGACAGGAAUGUACGGAGAUCCUUCUGAAAUGGGUGCUGGAAUCUGCCUGUUAAUCACCAUUCAGCUCUUUGUUGCUGGCUUAAUUGUCUUGCUUUUGGAUGAACUUCUGCAAAAAGGGUAUGGCCUGGGCUCUGGGAUCUCCCUCUUCAUUGCCACGAACAUCUGCGAGACCAUCGUGUGGAAGGCCUUCAGCCCCACCACUGUCAACACCGGCCGAGGAAUGGAAUUCGAAGGCGCCAUCAUUGCACUCUUCCAUCUCCUGGCCACCCGCACCGACAAGGUCCGAGCCCUUCGAGAGGCCUUCUACCGCCAGAAUCUUCCCAACCUUAUGAAUCUGAUCGCCACCAUCUUUGUCUUUGCAGUGGUGAUCUAUUUCCAGGGCUUCCGCGUGGACCUGCCCAUCAAGUCAGCCCGUUACCGAGGCCAGUACAAUACCUACCCUAUCAAGCUCUUCUACACCUCCAACAUCCCCAUCAUCCUGCAGUCCGCCCUGGUGUCCAACCUGUACGUCAUCUCCCAGAUGCUGUCCGCCCGCUUCAGUGGCAAUCUGCUGGUCAGCCUGCUGGGCACCUGGUCUGAUACCUCUUCCGGGGGCCCAGCGCGUGCGUAUCCAGUCGGCGGCCUUUGCUAUUACCUGUCCCCGCCAGAAUCUUUUGGCUCCGUGUUAGAAGAUCCUGUCCAUGCCGUGGUGUAUAUAGUGUUCAUGCUCGGCUCGUGUGCAUUCUUCUCCAAAACAUGGAUCGAGGUCUCGGGCUCCUCUGCCAAAGAUGUUGCAAAGCAGCUGAAGGAGCAGCAGAUGGUGAUGAGGGGCCAUCGAGAGACUUCCAUGGUCCAUGAACUCAAUCGGUGAGUGCUGGCCCCCAGCCCUCCAGACUCUGCAUUUGUGGAGGCAUCCUGAUCUGGCUUAGGGAUUUCUGGCUCAUUAACUCCUACCCUGGGGUAACAGGAUAGGAAAGACCCCUGUGUCUCUAAUUCUUUAUGUGCUUGCUAGAUGCUGGAGACUGGGGAUAGGAUAAUAAAUGCGUGCAGCCCCUCUCCUGGAAGAGGGACCCGCCAGGGAGCAAGAGAGCGGCCCGCGGCCCCAGGCGUACAAGAGGGUGUGGUAAGGGUAUGGGCAGUGAGCUGGCCACUGGGGCAUGGGGCUCACUGCCCCCCACACACACACCUGUGCUCUGAGGGCUGGUGCCCAAGUGCAGAUGAGGGCUGAGGUGAGGUGAGCCUAGUGAAGCUGCGCAGGAAAGGGACAGUGCCCAGGGUCCCUUUAGGAUGCUCAGUGCUGGAGGCAGACCCACCAGAGGGAGGGCAGGCCAACCGCCGAGAGGCCACGGUGGGAGUUUGGGCAGGGGGGCAGGAGGGGGCCCCAAGUGCUGCAGAAACUUGGGGACGCAGAGGAGAGGCCACAGCACUUGGUGUGUCGGGUACGGGAGAGGAGGCAGCUCCAGGCUGGCCCUUGCGGUGUGCAUGUGCCUCUUUGCCGUCUGCACCUCCUUUUCACUUACCAUGGAGCUGCCUCUUGGGCAGCGGGGUGGCGGCACUAAGUAUCUCAGGCUUUUUGAGCCUGUCGUGACUACUCCUUCCCUCUGCCGCCACUGGGCAGCGGCCGCAGACUGUACGCAGAUGAAGGAGGCUGUGUCCCUGCAAAACUGUUCACUAGAUCAGGUGGCAGACCAGGCUUGUCCCACAGCCCGCCUGUAGCUUGCUCGCCUCACCUAAAGGAAGCAACCACAGGAAAAGCCAGCGUUGCAAGUUUCAGGUGGUUUUCAGAUCUCUUGCAGGGGCGAUAUGCGAUGUUCUCUUCAUAAGACUUCUCUGAGGCCUCUAGAUUUAUACCACCAUUCAGUUGUAAUAGUUUGCACGCCACUUAGGAAAUUUUAAAUUUUCUACUAGCCACAUUAAAGAAAAAUAU